UCAAGUUUCUUAACUCUUAACUCUUAAAGACGCAACAUCCUGCUCGGCUCUGGAAACGUUCUGCACGCGGACAUCACAGUGGAAACCACAACGUGCACGGGUUUACAUUUGUGGGGGGUUCAAUGGGAGCGAGUGCCUGCAAACAGCUGAAUGCUCCAUACCGGAGACCAACCAGUGGACAAUGAUCAGCCUCAUGAACAGCCCGCGCAGCGGAGUUGGCAUCAUUGCAUAUGCAGAUUGUGUCUAUGCAGUUGGCGGAUUCGACGGCAUUAACCGUCUGUGCACUGCUGAGGCGUACAACCCCGUCAACAACAGCUGGCACGAAGUGACCCCCAUGUUGACUUCCCGCAGCAACUUCGGCAUCGAAGUGCUCGACGAUCAGAUCUUUGUUGUCGGGGGCUUCAACGGCAACAACGUCGAGAGCUACGACGUGACGACUAAUGAGUGGACGGAGGCUUGUGACAUGGACAUUUUCCACAGUGCCCUGAGCUGCUGUGUGGUGUCCGGGCUCCCCAACAUGGCCGAGUACACUAUUCCCCGGGACGCCCUGCCGUUUUUACACAGGGAUGCAAACUCGAACGAACACACCUGAACUGUACCAUCAUGCACCCGGUUUUAAGACUUAAAACUACAAAAGAGAAAUACAA